AAGCCAAACUGCUAAUCACGAGCUUUUGUCAGUCAAAACCACUCGGACCUUGUUCAUAUUACCCAGCACACCGCCAGUUCAUCUCAGUGUCCCCAACCCAGCUUCGACAAGAUGUCGACUCCCCAGGUCGUCCAAGACUUUGUUGAUAACAUCCUCCCCCAAAUCGGAGGCAAGCCGGCGCUUGAAGAAGCCGUCAGGUCGGCCAACGAGCACGCCCGUGGGGUCAUGAUUGUCGAAACGCCUCCAAUCGUCGAUGCCGAUAGCUACGUCAAGUACAUGACAGGCUUUCUCCAUUGGGUGCCAUGGGAGAAUUCCAAGUCGACUGAGGUCUUGAAGAAGCUCUCCGUCUUCUACUAUGUGUUAGACCAGCCAGCCCUGGCGCCGUACCAGAACGCCAUCUCCCCCGACUCGGAAUACAAACCGCUGACCCCGUUGUCGGCGUGGAUCGUCGAGUAUGCCAAGGCUGUAGGAGCCUUCAUGGCCACCCCGGAAUCACUGACACCGCAAAAGUUUGACACGUUCAAACGGGCCCGGCUCUUUCGGGUCUGGGAGUGCGUGAGUCCGGAUGGCUCCGCGUUCCAUUGCUUCAAUGACUUCUUCUCGCGCAAGCUCGCCAAGCCCCGCAUCGUCGCCGGCCCCGGCGACAACCAUACGCCUGUGUACCCGGCAGACUCGCUGUGGGCCGACAGCUUCGACGUCGACGACGACUCCAACACGUGGGUCCCCGCCGACACGCUGGCCAAUCACGACCCCGGCAAGAUCACGGCCAAGGGGUGGACGUGGAGCAUCCAGGCGCUGCUGCAGGACAGCCCGUACGCGACGGCGUUCGGCGGCGGCGUCUGGCUGCACUCGUUCCUCAGCACGUUCAACUACCACCGCUUCCACGCGCCCGUCUCGGGCACUGUGGUCGACAGCCGCGUCAUCCAGAACGCCGCCUACCUCGACGUCAUCGCCACGGGCAACACGCUCGUCCCGCGCCGCAGGAUCCACAAGGACAUUGACGCCGAGGACCAGUCGGGCUACCAGUUCCUGCAGACGCGCGGCUGUGUUGUCAUCGACACGACCGGCAGCCCCGACGGCGACAUUGGUCUCGUCGCCGUGCUCCCCAUCGGCAUGGCCCAGGUGUCGUCGGUCAACCUGACGGUCAAGCCGGGCGACAGCAUCAAGAAAGGCGACGAAUUCGGCUUCUUCCUGUUUGGCGGCUCCGACAUCGUGACCGUCUUCCAGGCAAAGGCCGGCUUCUCGGCGGCGGACCCCAAUACCUUCAACAAGGAGACUUCGGUCGACGAGGAGGGGAAUGAAUUGCCGUACACCUUCUACGGCACUUCGUUUGUCAAUAAGGCCUAA